CAGCCUUCGCCGCUCACCACGAUGCCCGCAUAUACGCUCAAUGCCGAUCUAGCAGCCACAGCCGCGCCGCCCGUGCCGCUGGCGCGCGCCUGGGCGGCCACCUUUCCCGGCAAGGCGACGCACGCCGAGGCGCGCGAGCUGCCGCUGCUCAAUCUCGCCCAGGGCGUGCCCGGACACCUGCCGAGCGAGGCACUGCUGGCGCGCAUGCAGCAAGAGGCUGGACGCGAGCCGGCGGCAGCGGCUGGCUACGGCGGCGUCUUUGGUGCGCCUGAGUUGCGCAAGGCUCUGGCGGCCGACGUGCGGCAGCGAUACGGCGGCGACUGUGCGGAGGACGACGUGGCCAUCACGGCCGGCGCGAACCUGGCAGCGGCGGUGGCCUUCCAGGCCGUCGCGCGGAGGGGCGAUGCUGUCGUGCUGCCGACGCCGUGGUACUUCAACCACGAGAUGACGCUCUCGUCCCUGGGUGUACAUGCCGUGCCGCUGCCGACAGAGGCGCCCUCCUAUCUGCCGUCUCCAGCCGCUCUGCGCAAGUUGCUUGCUUCCAGGCGCUCUGACAGCGCGCCGGCGAUCCGCGCCCUCGCGCUCGUCACGCCGAACAAUCCGACAGGCGCCAUCUAUCCGCCCGAGCUCCUGCGCGAGUUCGCGUCGUUGUGCCGCGAGGAGAGCAUUGCGCUCAUUCUCGACGAGACAUACCGAGACUUCCUCCUGGACGACGCGAAGGAGCCUGCUCGCCCGCACGGACUCUUCGAGGACGCUGACUGGCGUGACACCCUCAUGCACAUUCACAGCUACUCGAAGGCGUACGCCAUCCCGGGCCACCGUCUGGGCGCGCUGAUCGCCUCGCCCGAAUUGCUCGCCGCCGAGGGCGAGUUUGGCCCCGUCGCCAAGGCGCUCGACAAUCUGCAGAUCUGUCCGCCGCGCACCGACACGCAGCGUGCCGUGGCGUGGGCGAUGCAGGCGCCCGAACACGUCUCCUGGCGGCUCAACAAGGCGCGCGAGCUGGCCGAGCGGCGCACGCUCUUCUACGAGCUGAUGCGGCCACUUGAGGAGCUCGGCUGGCGCGUCGAGAGCGCCGGCGCAUACUAUGCGUACGUGGCGCAUCCCUGGAGCGGCACUCCGAGCGAGGUCGUAGCCGAGCAGCUGGCGGCGCGCGUCGGCGUCGUCGUUCUGCCUGGCGCCUUCUUCUCGCCUCGAGGGAGUACAGAAGAUGCGGCGCAGCGCCUGCGCGUCAGCAUCGCCAAUGUCGACGAGGAGCUGCUGCGCACCCUGCCACAGCGGCUGCAGCUGCUGAAGGGCGUGCACUUGCAAUGACACGAGUGGCGGUGAGACAGCGCUGCGAGGCCUUGCGAUUAGGAGCGGCCUUAGAAUACAGAGGAGAGUGGCAGGUGACGCAGUGGGGCUAUGUACACAGGCAGCACCUCGAGCCGAGAUGUGCCACAGGACAUGCGACGGGAUCAGCUUGCCGACGCCGACGGGUCGU